UUUUCUUUGGGGCUCGAUAAGGCCGAGAAAAAGAAAAUUCAUUUUGUUCAUUAUUUAUCGAGCAGUUUGACAGGGCGAGGUACGGAGUACUAUGGGGCAACGUGUACCAGAAAAAAACGCCAGUGUUACGUAUGUCUUAUGUAUGUGGUAUAAAUGUUAGUUCUUGACCAACAAAUUUUUUUAUAUGUGUUUUAUCUAAAAAUUAUGAGAAAAAAAAACACUUUUUUGCGAUGUUCAAUGGGCUCUGUGAGUCGAAUGAAUGCGAUGCUGAACUAAACCAUGCAAAAUAUUCAAAAACAUUCCCGAAAAAAUACAAAAAUAUGGGAAAAUGUAGGAAUCGAACAGAUUUGAAAAAAGUGCAAAAGAGUGGUUUUGUAGCUUUAAAAAAUCAUUUUUUCAUAAAUCACGUUUGGGCAACCUGAAAACAAUUUUUUAGAAAGUCGAAAUGUUCUACAAAAAUGCCAUAAAUAACAUUAUCUUCCAAUUUAGGGCUGAGCACCUCGACUUUUACAACAUCGAUUUUUUUGCGACAGUCUACUGUGCAGUGAUUCAUGAAUCGCUUCGCAAGAGAGCACUUGACGUCGCUCACAGCGGGGAUGGAUCGCUCUGACGGAGUUACCACAUACAUAAGACAUACGUAACACUGGCGUUUUUUUCUGGUACACGUUGCCCCAUAGUACUCCGUACCUCGCCCUGUCAAACUGCUCGAUAAAUAAUGAAUAAAAUGAAUUUUCUUUUUCUCGGCCUUAUCGAGCCCCAAAGAAAAUCCCAUAAGGAACUGUCAAAAAAUUAUUUACAAAAUCAAUGCAGAAUUUUUCGAGUAGGAACGAGACAAAUGCAGGGCUGCGCAGGUACACUGCCUUCAAAGACAACUCAAACAGAGGUUUUUUUUUACAGAGGUUGGUACUUUCGAGUAGUUCAUUUUGUACCAACUUUUUUGGGAGAUUUCUUCCUGAGUGUUACGUAUGUCUUUUGUAUGUGAUAUAAAGAUAAUCGACGAGGAACAAAAAAAUGGCGUGUUAAGCCUGGUGAUGUUAUUGCUGAGCGAACAGCUCGAGUAGAAUAAGAGCCGAGAUUUAACCAGCAGCAGCAAUCGGCAGUUCCACAGAUAGGACCAUCUAAGACGAGUAAAAUCCACGCAGCUUCGAGGUUGUAGCACUGCAAAAACUUUACUGGACAGGGCAGACGGUGUGGAAAAGCUGGGAACCGGUUUUUUAGUACUGGAUACGAUGCGUCAACGCGUGAUCGGAUGGUACCCCAUUAGUGCUAGAUGUGUAAACUGAGGAUUAAAUGCCGUUUCUUCAGCUACAAACGAAAUACAUCACAGGUAGAGGCUCUGUUAGCUUCCCACCACGGACUCUGAUUGACGGUGACGAAAUCGAGUUGAUAGAUGAGUUUGUGUAUUUGGGCUCACUAGUGACGACCGACAAUGAUACUAGCAGAGAGAUAAAAGACGCAUUAUGGUCAGAAAGCGCGCUUACUUUGGAAAGUGCUACAAUCGAAUGAAAUUUGCCGCUUCACAAAGUUGACCAUUGAAAAACACUCAAAGUUGACCAUUGAAAAACACCGAUAGUGGAGACGCUGGUCCUCCACGCUCUUGGAGUUUUGGAACGGAAGGUGCUGCGUACGAUCUACGGUGGGGUGUAGAUGGAAGAUGGGACAUGGAGACGACGAAAGAACCACGAGUUGUAUCAGUUCCUAGGGGAACCUACUAUAUUUCAUACGGCUAAAAUCGGAAGGCUACGGUGAGUUGGGCAUGUCGUAAGGAUGUGAGACGAAAGCCCAGUUAAAAUGAUUAUCUACAACGGCCCAACAGGAACACGGCGUCGUUGCACACAACGUGCAUCGGUCAAGUGGAAGGAGAUCUCCGCAGCCUAAGCAGUCUGCAAGAGUGUCUACGAGCAGCCAGGGAUCGAGUACAAUGGAGUCGAAUCUUAGAUACAGCAAAGGCCACACAGGCCUUCGUCUAGUUGGUAAGGUUAGGCAUAUUUAAAAUCUAUUAAGUUGAAAUUACGCAGCGUUCGCAUUGCAAAAUUACCCAACACGUAAGUUGCUAUAGCUUUUAGCGUGCACGCUAUGACAUGGUUAUGUUUACCUGUUCGAGUCGGAAAAAUUAUUGCUAAAUUCUGUGAAUUUUUAACUGCUACAGGAAAAACGGCAAACUGUACAAAUAAAAAGAUUAUUUUGCUAGUACAUGAUUUGUGCGAAAUGGAGGAAUCCAGCCUAAUAAAUGUAGAAGAAUUCCAUUCUACAAUCAAGGUAGAAGAGCUUAUAAUACCCGGCGCUGUGGAAGUACCUCUGCUCGCUAGUAACGAUUGGUGCUCUGUUAAACCGAAUGAAACAAGCGCACCAAAAAAAGGUUCAACUGAUGUGAAACAAAAACCGGUGAUGGAUAUCACCGAUGCAGUUGAGGUUACAGCCGCUUAUAACCAAAUUGUAGCUUCCAGUUGCAGCAACUCGGAGCAUUCGAAAACACGCAAUAAAAAUCACGCUUGUGAAUUCUGCAAUAAAAAAUUUAGAAAGAACUUCACCUUGCAGAAUCAUAGAAGAAUUCACACCGGGGAACGACCUUUUGCGUGUGAUAUCUGCAGCAGAACAUUCCGCACUGCUGCACGUUUGCAGUACCAUAAAAAUGCUCAUGCCGAUCAAAAUUUUGAGUGUGACAUAUGCAGGCGAAGGUUUUCCCAAAAAAUGAGCUUAGCGUCCCACAUGAACUUUCACCGUACAGAUUGUCCUUAUAAGUGUCUGAUCUGCGGUAGAACAUGUGGAAGUAAAUGUCAACUGAAAACACAUAUGCGUAGUCACAGUGAUGCUCGGCCCUUCAAAUGCGACAUCUGUGAUGCGUCAUACAAGAGCCAUAAUGCUUUGAAAAAUCAUAUGAAGAUCCACAAGGUCGAUCCCUCCCCAGGUGAUACGGCAAGUUUGGAGCCGAACCGAACUGAUGACAGUCAAAGUAAUGGUUCAUCUCAAUACACCUGCGACAUAUGCGGUAAACAGUACAAAGAAAUGAGACCACUUCAUUUACAUACCAAGCUUCAUCAGAGCACCACUGUGAGUCCUAGGAUAAAAAUGAAAACCCACCACAAAAAGCUGCACGAGUGUACGAUUUGUGGGAAACCACAUCAGUAUAGAGCAAACCUUCUAAAGCACAUGCUUUCUCAUACUGAAGAACGACCUUUUGCUUGCGAUAUUUGCGGUUUGUCGUAUAAGUCAGUUUCUAAUAUGAGAGUCCAUAUGGAAACGCACACCUCCGAGGGGACGCAUACAUGCGAAAUUUGCGGAAAAAGGUUUCGAAUUCCUUGCUUGCUCAAGCAGCAUUUGUUUUAUCAUACUAAUGAACGGCCCUUCCAGUGCAAUAUUUGCGGUCUAUCUCUGAGGUCAGAACACAGUCUAAGAAAACAUCAACGAACGCAUUUUUCCAAUCGUGAAAGUUUCACAUCCGAGCAAAAUAUUGUGACACAACUUCUUGAUUGCGAUAUUUGCGGUUCAUCGUAUAAAACAGCAAUAAAUUUGAGAAAACAUAAGGAGAAGCAUUUCUCGGAGUGCCCGCAUAAAUGUAAAAUUUGCGGGAGAAUACUUCAAUCUCCUUUUGGUCUUAGGAAGCACAUACUUAGCCAUUCAAACGAACGACCUGUUAAAUGCACUGUUUGCAGCGUAUCAUUCAAGUCAGUGCUUGAUCUACGAUCUCAUGAAAGCGUACACACGGAAGCGACCUUACGACCUUACAAAUGUGAUAUAUGCGGUGGUGCAUACAGGACAAAGGAGGUGUUGGGGAGGCACAAGAAAUCGCAGAAGCACCUAAGGCUAACACAAAUAAUCGCUAAACAAAAAUUGAUCACAAGUUUUCAGGAUGAAACUCUUCCUGUGUAAUUAGUUUUGCGAUCAAUGAAAACCGUAGCGUUUCUCAAAAAUAAUCGUUUAUUUUUUGAAAAAACGCGUUCGUAGCUUGAGGCCGUGGUCAUACUGGCGCGGCCUGCGCUGCGAAGACAACCCGCCCUGCCGCAGGUUAAUGUACAGCUCUACUUAGGGCCAGGGUGUCCAAUACCUGGAAAAUCGGGGAAUGUCAGGGAAUUUAUUUUUCGAUCAGGGAAUAUCAGGGAAAAUUAAAAAAUAUUCAGGAAAAAAAUUUUAACCGAGAGGCGAUUCUUUUUUAAUCAACACUCUAGCAAAAAAAAUGAUUGAAAUGAUUUUUCUAGCAUAAAAAGCUAGUGAGGGACCACUACGUUUCAGUUUCAUAUCCAAUUGAAUACAUUUUUCACUGGGAUUUCAGAGUUGCGUUAAUCUACGUUGCCCUUUUCUGUACCGAAUGCUGAAAAACAUCAAGGAAAUUAAUGUUAUACUUCAGGGAAUUUGGUUUUGAAAACUUUUUCCGCCAGAGUCUAUGUUUAUAAUAUAGAGUCACGCAAAGAUGAAACCAAAUAAACCAAAUUAUUGUCAAACGAGGGUACCAAUUUAGCAAUGUAAAUAAACAAGAUGAUAAUAUUAGGAGUGGAUGAAAAGUGUUGUAAUAAAGCGUGAUAAAGAAUAUGUGUUUUUCUGAAGGUUUAACUACACAUUUUGAUCCAUUAUUAAACCUGUACACUGGUUCAGUUUGUUACAUCCGAAUUACACUCAGAAUAAUUGGAAAGACUAGACGAACUAUUUCUAGGAUCUUUAUUUAGUAUAAACUUGUUAGUUUGGAAAGUAAUUCAGGAAUGAAUAGAUUUUUCACAUCUACCCACUUGUCACCGCAGACUCGGUUACUUUGAUGCUACAAUUGGUCUGUUAGUAGUAACAUCUAUCUCCUCUGAUUUCCAGAACACCAGGUACGGCUCAAACCUUGAACGCAUUCUAAUUAAG